AUGGAGAUGCAGCAGCUGCCCCGCCAGCAGCAACAACAGCAGGGGCAGCAGUCGCAUUUCGGAGCAUCAGAGGAUGAGGACUUAGAGCAGAAACAGCAACAACCACAUAACCAACCACAACAACCACACCAACCGCGGCGCCAAUAUCAUCAACACCAACAAGAACGACAACUGCAAACACUACAGCCACCAGAAGAACAUCUCAAGGAUGCGGAAAUGAUGACCGAUAGGACAAGCGAGAAGCAACAGCAGCAAGAACACUACCAGCAAAAACAAUCAGAAGAUACGGAUAAACAGCUAACCAACGAUCAAGACGUAGACGAUGGGGAGAAUGACCAGGAGGAAGUUGAAGAUGAGGACGAAGACGAGGACGAUGAUGAUGGCACCAUUGUGGAGGACAGCGAUGCCACCAGCUGCAGCAGUUGUCGACGAGCCGAACUGGAGGAUAAUCAGCAAGAACAGCCGCCGACGUCAUCUCCCCAAAAGGAUAGGGAACACGUCACUUAGGGCCAUCUUCUUCCACAAAAUGAAGAGGCUGCACACAACACUUCAUUUUAGCUUGUCCAUCGGCUGCAAACGACACCGAUUGGUUGGUGGUAAAGAUUACAUCAUAUGCUCAGCAAAUAUAACUGAACAAGCGGAAAAAUGUUCAAUAAGAAAGCGCUACUAGAACAUACAUACACUACAAGAAACAGAGGAACUUGUUUAAAAGCACGAACCAACGAUGUUUAGUUUCGAAAUCACCAUUUCCCAUCCUGAACCUCAGCAUGUUGAUAAUAUAGUUUAGAAUAAGCAAUUGGUUACCAUUUGGAUUCGCAUUCGCUCCCCACGAUUCAAACAUCUGUUGAAAUAUACGUUUAAUAAUUUCUUUGCAAAUCUUUUAUGUGCUCGAGCAUUGCUUGGACUUAUAGUUUACGUAUAAAACCUGCGCAAUUAAACAAUUGUUAACAAGUGAAGAACCAAGAACCAUGUGUUAUAUUAUUUAUGUUUAUUAUUUUACCUUUUUUAUUUUCAAUCCAAUUUCGUUGGCGCUUAGCAGAGGCAAGAACCAGACACACACACACACGUACACAUAGCACAGGCAACAACCACCACUACAACCGAACGAGUAAAGUAAAGAAAAAAACUGAAUAUUUAACAAAAUUGUAAGGAAAACUCACAUAUUUUUCUGUCGGAUGGAUUAUUUAUGUGUAUUGAACUCUCAACACUUGUAAUCGGAAACCAAGCAGAAAGUAUAUAUAAAAAAUAGUAUAAUGUGAAAUUUGCAUACACACCAUACUCACUCACACACACAGACGCUCUCUGCACACCUAAUGGGUACACAGAGAAAAAUAUCUUGAAAUUGGCAUGCUUUUCCCAAAAAAACAAUGGUAUCCAUAACUUGAAUCGGUUUUUUGAAUUGUCAAAAAUACGCAGUUUUAAAAAUUGCAUUUGUUAGGUUUUUUGUACCGAAAUUGUUAUAUUUUUAUCUGAUUAUGUUAUAUGAUCAAAUAUUGCAAAUUGAGACCUUGCAACAUAUGUAGCUAUUAUAAGUGAUUCGAUGUUUAUCAAAUUGUGUUGGAUUAUUUUCAAAGUAUUUUACAAGUGAUUGCUAAUUUCUCUCUGUGUGCUUAAACAAUGUAUUAUUCAUUGCUUACGAGCAAACCAAAUCGGUGCGUGUUUGGACAUGGAUUUUUUCCACCUCCCAACCAAGCCCCCCCUCCCCGCCACAACCAUUAUUUACUCCUUUGCCUGGAUUUUGCCAAACAACGGCAAGCCAGCAAGAACAAGAAAAUAAAACCAUUGCAAUAAAACCAGAGCAGCAACAAAUUACACGCAAAUCGAAUAUUAUGUGUAUGUGUAUAUGUAUUGUCCAUCCACAGCAGCAAAGUAUGCAACAAAAAUUUUUGUAGAAACUGCAAGCAGUAAUAAAACAAAAAGGCGGAGAAAGUCGAAAGCAAAAAGCAAAGACAAAAUAAAUAAUUAUCAUCUUGUCGUUUAUAUAAGUGUGUGCUAUGUGUUUCUCCGAAUCGGAUUUAUGUUAUAAAAAACAGAAGAACAGUAACGAUUUAAAGGCAAAUUUCAAGGAAUGAAAGCGAACAGUAAUAAGAAACAAGGAAACCAAAAAGUAAAUAUAUAUAUAUUCAUGCAAGAAAUACAAAAUAAAGUAAACAUUGGUGUAAAUUAAGCAAGAACCUAAGUAAAACCUACUAAAAACAACCAAAAAAAAAGAAGCUUAAUACGUAAUUUCCUGAAAACAAC